CGGCGGCCGCGGCGCCGGGCGGGCCGAGGACUCGGUUUCCCAGAAAGCGAGCGCGGCGCGAAGAUGGAGGCGGCCCGGCCACGCCGAGCGGCGCGCUGAGCCGCCGCGACCCGCGCCCGCCGCCCACCGCGGGGGGCCAUGGCCGGGGGCGCCCGGGACCCGCCGGCCGCGAGCAGCGCGUCCCUCAGCGACUCGGACUCCGACGCCAGCCUGCCCGGCGACCCCGAGCUGGACGCGCUGUCCCCGGAGGACCUGUCCGAGGACGCGCGGGGGGACUCGGGCCCCGAUGAGCCCCCGCCGCCCCCGCCCCCGGCCGCCCAGCCCUUCCACCUGCGCGGGACCAGCGCCCCCUUCUCGGAGCGCAGCCGCAGCAUCUUCGGCGGCCUGGACGGGGCGGCCCGCGGCCCCCUGAGCCGCCGCCCCGCGGCCCCCGAGCCGCCGCCCCCGCCGCCCCCCGUGCCCGACUACGUGGCGCACCCCGAGCGCUGGACCAGGUACAGCCUGGAGGACGUGGCCGAGCCCACGGAGCGCAGCAACCGCGCCGCGGCCGCCGCCUUCCUGGGCCCCCGGCGCGGGGACCCCCCGGGCUCCGCGCCCUCCUUCAACCAGGACCCCUCGAGCUGCGGCGAGGGCCGCGUGGUGUUCAGCCGGCCCGAGAGGAAGCGGGGCCCCGCGCAGGACGGGGCGGGGGUCCGGGCCGCGGGCGGGGAGGGCGCCGUGGAGCUGGCGCAUCUCGGGGGGCCCGAGGGCGACGAGGGCGACGGCGGGGGCGCGCCCGAAGGGGCCCCCCGCGCGGACCCCGGGGCGGGGCCCGCCGGCUUCCACGGGUGCAGGAAGCGGAACCGCGGCCACUUCCGGAGCAAGAGCGACGCCGAGGACGGGUGCUGA